CAACGUGACGAGCAGUUCGUGUUUCGAGUCGCGCCUCAAAAACAUUUCAAUUAUUGUACGUUUCGGAAUUUUGGAAGCAGUUCGAUCGAUUCGAGCCAUCGAAAGUAGCCUCGUAAUCCCCAGGCACACAUCACACCCCGAGGAGAUAUCCAUACGAAAUGUUGGCCCUGCCAAACAUCGCCGAUCUGCGCAUGCAGCAGCAGAUCGCCCACGAGAUCUAUCGCCAUCAGAUUAUGCAACGGCUGCCUGAUCCCCUGUGCGGCCUUCUACCGGCCUUUGCUGGGCACUUUGCGCCCCCGCCGCCACCGCAGCCAUCACUGCCUGGCGUGGAGGCCAAGUUGGAGAACAACGAACUGUGGCAACAGUUCCACCACAUCGGCACCGAGAUGAUCAUCACAAAGUGUGGCAGACGCAUGUUCCCCUCGAUGCGUGUCUCGCUGAGCGGCCUGGAGGAGGAGGCCAGCUACUGCGUCCUGCUGGAGAUGGUGCCCAUUGGCGACUGCCGCUACAAGUUCUCCGGCUCGCAGUGGGUCCCGGCUGGCGGAGCCGAGCCCCAGAGCCCACAGCGCAUGUAUCUGCACCCGGAGAGCCCGGCCACUGGCAAGCACUGGCAGUCGCAGGCCCUGCUCUUCAGCAAAGUGAAGCUGACCAACAACACCCUGGACAACAAUGGACACAUUGUCCUGGCCAGCAUGCACAAGUAUCAGCCGCGUCUGCAUGUCAUACGCACCUCUGAUCUCGGCCAGAUACCCUGGGCCCCGCAGCAGGCCUUCGUCUUCCCCGAGACGGAGUUCAUAGCCGUGACCGCAUAUCAGAAUGAUCGCAUCACCAAGCUGAAGAUCGACAACAAUCCCUUUGCCAAGGGUUUCCGUGAGUCGGGUCAGUCGCGGUGCAAGCGCAAGCUAAACGAUUCGCCGCCUCCGCAGCCGGCGGCCACAGCAGGAGGAACCAGUGUGGAGCACUCACCUCUAGCCAAGCGUCUGCGUUUCGCUGAUGAUUUGUCGAUGCAUCCACCACAGAGAUCCACAGCGCAACUGCAGUCCGGCCUUAUGCAGCGUCAUUAUCUGCUGGAUACUCUGGAGGCCAAUUUCUAUCUGCCAGCGCCGCCACCGCCACCGUCGGCAUCGGCAACGGCAGCGGCAUCGCAUGCCAUUGAGUAUGCCAGACACAUUGCCUGCUAUCCAAGUUGGGCCUACACCCCGCCAUCGCCAGCCUCCUCCUCCUCCACGUCGUCGUCCUCCUUCAGUGGCGAGUCGGCGGCCGAGGCGGACACAGACACCUUUGUGGAUGUGGUCGGCACCAACACAAUCACCACCAGCAACAGCAACAGCACCAGCAGAACGGGCACACAUGAGUCUGUGUGUGCGGCUUCUGUUGCCGCCGUUGCACAGCCAAAGCCCAAACGGAGCAGCUUCAGCAUCUCGGACAUAUUAGGAACGAGCGUCUCCGUUUAGUAGUUAGUAGCCAGCCGCCUGCUCCCAUUUCGGGAGCACAUUGUACAUUUAAUUAGCGUUAGGUUGCCAUCGCCAUCGU